GUCAACAAACGUCACUUCCGCUCAUGCGCAGUCAGAUUGAUCCGCUUGCUAAACAACGGUCGCAGGAGAGAGAAAAGGGAGCAAUAUAUCAAAGUGUUCGCCGUCAGAGGGCAAGAAAAUGUGUCAGUUGUGUUGACAAAUAUAUCAACAACAAGUGUGUGGCGACGACGCGGUGAAAGAAGCAACGUUUGAACCCGGACCUACGAGCCGUUUCGCCGGAGUGUGAAGGAAGGAAGAGUCGAGUCACCGACAGAAAAACAUCCCGAGUGAGACCAUGAAUCCUGAAUACGACUAUCUGUUCAAGCUCCUGCUGAUUGGCGACUCUGGAGUAGGCAAGUCCUGUCUGUUGCUUCGCUUUGCCGAUGACACCUACACUGAGAGCUACAUCAGUACCAUCGGAGUGGACUUUAAGAUUCGAACUAUUGAACUGGAUGGCAAGACCAUUAAACUGCAGAUUUGGGACACCGCAGGCCAGGAGAGAUUUCGUACCAUCACCUCCAGCUACUACCGCGGCGCCCACGGCAUCAUUGUCGUCUACGACGUGACAGACCAGGAGUCCUACAGCAAUGUCAAGCAGUGGCUCCAGGAAAUAGACCGCUACGCCAGUGAGAACGUCAACAAGCUCCUGGUGGGCAACAAGUGUGAUCUGACCACCAAGAAAGUUGUGGACUACACCACAGCAAAGGAGUUUGCCGACUCUUUGUCUAUCCCCUUCCUGGAGACCAGCGCCAAGAACGCCACCAACGUGGAACAGGCCUUCAUGACCAUGGCCGCCGAGAUCAAGAAGCGCACGGGACCCGGGGCCACGGCCGGCGGCGACAAGCCCAAUCUAAAGAUUGAGAGCACGCCCGUCAGGCAGACUGGAGGCGGCUGCUGCUAAGGCGGCCAUUGAUCACCUCCUCCACCACUCCCUUGAGAUCCUCCUCUGGCUUUCUUUUCACUCCCACGCCUCACCGUCUCUCCAUAGAGUUACCACCUACCAGCAGGUCAGACAGGAGGCAGUAAGCAAUGACAGGAAGAUGCAGACAUUUCCAUUCAUUUGAAUCUCAACAGGUUUGUCACAGGCUCACGUUUGCACACACAUGCACACACACAUGCACACACACGCACACGCAUACACACACACUCAGUCUAAUGCUUUUUUAAUGGCUGUCUUCAAAUCUUAAAGGUCUGCAAGUUUAAAAGGACGAUCGUCCACUCGCACUCCUUGACCUUGUGAAAUACUAAGCAUCCUCAGUCUUCUGCGUCUCCUCUGCACACCUUUUUUUUUUUUUUUUAGUGUUUCAAAAUACUUUCUUAUAAGUUAAAAAAAAUAAAAAUAAUGCUAGACACUG